AUGGACGCUGGCAGCGGCAGCAGCAGCAGCGGUCCGGCUCCCGGCCCGGGUCCGGAAGGGGAGCAGCGGCCCAAGGGGGAGACUUUGGCCCCAGACGGCAGCUCCCCGGACAGGGCCCAGAGCAAGGCCCCUGAGGCAAGCCCAGAGAAAAGCUGCUGCCUCCACAGCGGCCCCUUGGAAGACCCUUCCAGUUCUUCAGGACCCCCACCAGCAACUUCCACCCUCCAGCCUGUGGGCCCGUCCAGCCCCCUAGCCCCUGCACACUUCACCUAUCCCCGGGCACCACAGGAAUACCGGGGGGACAGUUCCCUGCCAGGGCUUGGGGACCGGGCAGCUCUAUGCUCCCAUGGCUCUAGCCUCAGCCCUUCUCCAGCCCCCUCACAGCGAGAUGGGGCCUGGAAGCCGCCAUCUGUGCAGCACCAUGUGGUCAGCGUCAGGCAGGAGCGGACCUUCCGGAUGCCAAAGAGCUAUUCCCAGCUGAUCGCCGAGUGGCCAGUGGCUGUGCUCCUGCUGUGUCUGGCUGUCACCCUCCUCUGCACCCUGGCCGCCCUGCUGGGGGACCAGCUGCCUGACUUCUCCAAGCCCUUGCUGGGCUUUGAGCCUCGAGACACAGACAUUGGGCGCAAGCUAGUGGUCUGGAGAACACUGCAAGCCCUCACGGGCCCCAGGAAGCUGCUUUCUCUUUCCCCAGACCUUGAGCAGAACAGCUCAAACGCCCACACCACUCUGAGCCCUACACCCUGGAGCAGUGCCCAGGAGGGCUUAGUCCGGCCUCGAAGGAUGGUGGAGCCCCUGGAGGACAGAGGGCGGGAGAACUUCUUCUGUGGCCCGCCUGAGAAGAGCUAUGCACAGCUGGUGUUCAUGUCCACCUCAGCGGGCAGCCUGUGGAACCUGCACGCCAUCCAUUCCAUGUGUCGCAUGGAACAGGACCAGAUCCGCUCCCAUAGCCACUUUGGGGCUCUGUGCCAGCGUACGGAAGCCAACAGGUGCUGCCCCAGCUGGUCCCUGGGCAACUACGUGGCCGUGCUCUCCAACCGCUCCUCCUGCCUGGACACUACUCAAGCCGAUGCAGCCCGAACGCUGGCCCUUCUGCGGGCCUGCGCCAUCUACUACCACCGUGGUGCCCUGGUGCCCUCCUGUCUGGGCCCCGGACAGGACAAGCCCGCACACUGCGCCCAGGUUCCCACCAAGUGCUCCGGGAGUAGCGCCAUCUACCAACUGCUCCACUUCGUGCUGGACAGGGACUUUCUGAGUCCUCAGACUGCUGACUACCAGGUGCCCUCCCUCAAGUACAGCCUGCUCUUCCUGCCCACUCCAAAGGGGGCCUCCAUGAUGGGCAUCUACCUGGACCGCCUAGCCACGCCCUGGGAGCUCUCUGACAACUACACAUCCAUCACUGGCAUGGACCUGGGCCUCAAGCAGGAGCUGCUGAGGCACUACCUGGCCCAGGACACCGUGUACCCCUUGCUGGCCCUGGCUGCCAUCUUCCUUGGCAUCGCCCUCUACCUACGUUCCCUCUUCCUCACCCUCAUGGUGCUGCUGGGGGUGCUGGGCUCCCUACUGGUCGCCUUCUUUCUUUACCGAGUGGCCUUCCGCAUGGCCUACUUCCCGUUCGUCAAUCUGGCAGCCUUCGUCCUGCUCAGCAGCGUCUGCGCCAACCACACCCUCAUCUUCUUCGACCUGUGGCGCCUCAGCAAGAGCCAGCUGCCGUCCGCGGGGCUGGCACAGCGCGUGGGCCGCACCAUGCACCACUUCGGCUACCUGCUGCUGGUCUCGGGCCUAACCACAGCCGCCACCUUCUAUGCCAGCUACCUGAGCCGCCUGCCGGCCGUGCGCUGCUUCGCCCUCUACCUGGGCACGGCCGUGCUGGCGCACCUGGCGCUCACGCUGGCCUGGCUGCCCUCCUCCGCCGUGCUCCACGAGCGCUACCUGGCGCGCGGCUGUGCGGCCCGGGCGCAGGGCCCACGGGGCGGCAGUGCGCCCCGGCGACUGGCACUGGCGCUGCACCGGCGGCUCCGCGGCCUACGCAGGGCGGCGGCCGGCACCUCGCGCCUGCUCUUCCAGCGCCUCCUGCCCUGUGGGGUCAUCAAGUUCCGCUACAUCUGGAUCUGCUGGUUUGCCGCGCUGGCGGCCGGGGGCGCCUACAUCGCGGGCGUCAGUCCCCGCCUGCGGCUGCCCACCCUGCCGCCAGCCCGCGGCCAGGUCUUCCGGCCUAGCCACCCCUUCGAGCGCUUCGACGCCGAGUACCGCCAGCAGUUCCUGUUCGAGCGGCUGCCUCAGGGCGAGGGCGGCCACAUGCCCGUGGUUUUGGUGUGGGGCAUCCUGCCCGUGGACACCGGCGACCCGCUGGACCCCCGGAGCGCCAGCUCGCUGGUGAGCGACCCUGCCUUCUCGGCUGGCGGGCCCGAGGCCCAGCGCUGGCUGCUGGCCCUCUGCCACAGAGCUCGGAAUCAGAGCUUCUUUGGAGCCCAGCCAGAGGGCUGGCCCACACUGUGCUUCGUGGAGGCCCUCCAGCACUGGGUGCAGAGCCCUGCUUGUGGCCGCCUGGGGCCGGGCCUCUGCUGUGGCCACUCAGGUUUCCCUUGGGCACCGCAGCUUUUCCUGCACUGCCUCAAGAUGAUGGCUCUGGAGCAAGGCCCCAACAGCACCCGCGACCUAGGACCCCGCUUCAAUGCCCACGGCAGCCUGGCCGCCCUGGUUCUGCAGUUCCAGACCAACUUCCAGUAUAGUCCGGACUACAGCGAGGCCCACCGCUUCUACACUGAGGUCAGCCACUGGCUGGCGGCCGAGCUGGGCCGGGCACCCACCGGCCUCCACCGGGGCUGGUUUACCAGCCAUCUGGAGCUCUACAGCCUGCAGCACAGCCUGAGCACAGAACCUGCUGUGGUGCUGGGCCUGGCGCUGGCGCUGGCCUUCGCCACGCUGCUGCUGGGCACCUGGAACGUUCCGCUUAGCCUGUUCUCCGUGGCAGCUGUGGCGGGCACCGUCCUGCUCACCGUGGGGCUCCUGGUUCUCCUCGAAUGGCAGCUCAAUACUGCCGAAGCCCUCUUUCUCUCUGCCUCUGUGGGCCUCUCGGUGGACUUCACCGUCAACUACUGUAUCUCCUAUCACCUGUGCCCACACCCUGACCGCCUGAGCCGCGUGGCCUUCUCCCUGCGCCAGACCAGCUGUGCCACGGCAGUGGGGGCUGCGGCCCUGUUUGCGGCCGGUGUGCUCAUGCUACCUGCGACAGUGCUGCUGUAUCGCAAGCUGGGCAUCGUCCUGAUGAUGGUCAAGUGUGUCAGCUGCGGCUUUGCCAGCUUCUUUUUCCAAUCUCUAUGCUGUUUCUUUGGGCCAGAGAAGAACUGUGGGCAGAUCCUCUGGCCUUGUGCCCACCUGCCGUGGGACGCUGGAACCGGGGAGCCAACUGGGGAGAAGGCAGGCCGCCCACGAGCAGGGCCGGUAGGAGGGGCGCCCGGAUCCUGCUCGGAACAGUACGAGCUCCAGCCCCUGGCACGGCGCCGGAGCCCCAGCUUUGACACCAGCACAGCCACGAGCAAACUGUCCCACCGGCCCUCAGUGCUCUCUGAGGAUCUCCAGCUGCACGAUGGCCCCUACUGCUCCCGGCCCCCACCGGCCCCUGCAUCCCCGAGGGAGCUGUUCCUGGACCACCAGGCUGUCUUCAGCCAGUGCCCAGCCCUGCAGACCUCCUCCCCCUAUAAGCAGGCUGGCCCCAGCCCCAAGACCCAAGGCAGGCAGGACUCCCCAGGGCAGAAGGCUGAGCCUGUGCAGGCCUCAGCAGAAGCCCCUGCCCACUCUCCCAAAGCCAGGGCUGUGGAGCCUCCCGAUUGCCUCUCCUCCUCAGCCAGCACCCUGGAGGGGCUCAGCGUCUCUGAUGAGACCUGCCUGAGCACGUCAGAGCCCAGUGCCCGAGUACCAGAUUCUGCAGGUGCCUCCCCAGACGACCUGGAUGAAACCGAGCCAACAGUACCUGAGCGGGGCCAGCUGAAUGGGAAGCGGGACACCCUGUGGCUGGCACUGAGGGAGACGGCAUACGAUCCAUCACUGCCUGCCUCCCACCAGAGCAGCUCGUCCUGGAAGGGCCGUGGGGCCCCAGGGGAUGGCAGCCCUGUGGUGCUGCCCAACAGCCAGCCAGACCUGCCAGAUGUUUGGCUCCGCAGGCCCAGCACCCACACUUCCGGCUACAGUAGCUGAGGGAGGCCCCGGGAGGCCGGACUAUGGUGCAGAGCCUGUCGGAGGUGACGAGGCAGCCCCAGAUGGAGCCUGAUGGUGUCUCCCCACCUCAGCAUGGACAGGUUUCACCGCCCAGCUGUGGAUUUUAAACUCUGCCACAUGUGUCAGCCUUGGUCCAGGCUGCUGCUUACUCCCCACAUCUGGAGGAUUCAGUGGGAUGGAUCUUUGGAGUGAAAAGUCGCAAGCUCAUGUCCUGUGACUUGCUGAGCUCUCAUCUGCCCUGUGUAGUGCCAACCAGGACCUCUGGAAGAGGGAAGGCCAGAUGUGUAGCCCCAGGUAUCAGGGAGAGGCUGACCUGGCCCCCACGCUAAGUGGGCAUGAGGGUCAAGUCCUUGGGACCCUGCACGGCGUCUCACCAACCAAAAGAGCCCUGGGGAACCUCAGCAGCCUCCGGGACCUCACACCUUUCAGGGGCUCUUUAUCAGGACACUUCCUUCUCUUUGGGGAGCUUCUCUGGGCCAGAAUUAGGCUGAGGCCUCUUUCCUGAAUGGCACUACACCCUCACACUCCCCAGUCUGACCAGCAAUUUGUCAAGGCCGGGCAAAGACGGCUGCUGGGAACGAAGCAGGGGGAGGAGGGCUGGUCAGUCCCAGAGUGUCUCUAAGUCGCAGGAUGGUCCCUCGUGGGGAGCUGCUCUGGCAUAGGAAGAGUGCUCUCCCCUGUAAACAAACAAUAAGAAUGCUUUACAUCCUGCAUCUCUUCCUUUACACAAUACUUAACUUGCAUACCCAUGUCUCCCUGGAAUCUCACCAUUUUAUUCUGGGGUAGCCUGCAAUUAGCUGGGUCCUUUUGCCCCCUGAUUUAUAGUUAAAGUCAUUGAGAAUAAGUAAGGUUAAGUGACUGACCCACAGUCACAGAGCUCAUAAGUGCGAGAGCAGGCUUCCUGGCUCACUCCACCACUAGAACUCCCACACUCCUGGCUACCUGCCCCAGGGCAUUGGCCUGUGGCUAAUUUGCUGGUUCACCUAGCAGGUGUCUCUGAGGACACUCCCGGCCUUCCCCUCUUCAGACCUCCAUCUCCAGACAGAGCGAUACUCUGAGCAAGCCCGCAGUUGCUCCAGCCCAGUGCUUCCCUCCAGAUCCACUGAGAACCUACCAGCUCUGGGGCUUCCUGGCUGAGCCAAUUCCCAGGUUCAGGGGCAUGCUUCUUCCAUGGCCACAGUGUGUGGAGAGUCCCUGCCAGGAGAGGCACAGAGGGUACUAGAGAAUUCAGCUAAGGCGAGAACUCAGGCCGGCCCUUUUUGGGAGUGUGUGAGUCCAAAACUGUUCCCCGGGUCAGGGUCCCCAGCUUCCUAUGGACAAGUCUGUCUGGGGGCACUCAGGAGACCAGAAGGUGACUCCCUGUCCCCAAAGCAAAGAGUCUCUCUGCAAGGGUUUACGCCAUGUGAGAGCUCCUGGCGCUUGGAGCAAAUUUACUUGAACACCUACUGUCAUGUGGAACCACAAGGAGACAGAAGCAUGGAGGGGAAAUUGAACAUCUGCCCUCGAGGAGCUCACGUGCUAGCUGGGGGAGCAGCUCACACACAUAAGCUGGCACGAAUGGGUCACUGAUGGUACCAUGACUGUCACCAUUCAUACUGCUAGGGGUCAAGUACCCAAGAUCGGGUAACCAGGAAGGCUUCCCAGAGGGGAGACAACUUGAGCUGGACUUCAGAAGUCCAAGUAUCUCAGACUGGAAGGGACCUUAAUGACCAUUUGUUCCAGCAGUUUUCAAACUUUGCAGCCUCAGAAUCCUUUCUUCAAAGAAUCCUUGUGUGAAAACACAGUACGUAAAACAGAUAAAAAGCAGCUACUCUGGUGGGUGCUGAGUGGGGGGGUGUACAGAGUCAGCUCAGCCUCCCUUUCUACUGUGCCUCUCGGGGCCCCCUCAAGCUCCUGGCAGCUCCACAGAAUGUGGUAUGAAAACCACUGAUCCAGGCCGUUUUACAGAUGAGUAUCACAGAGGGAAAGGGAUUCUUCUAGGGCCAAACAGACAGUCUGUGAUCGAGCUGGAGGCAAAUCAAGAGGUGUUUCAUUUUGGUUUUUUUCCCUAUAUUGUUGAGACCUACCUCCCGCCACAAGCAGCCCAUGAGAAGUGGAGCAGAAACCCAAAUGACACGCAGGAGUUGUGGGAGAGAGGGAAGACCAUGGUGGGAAUGACAGGAUACCUCGGCUCCUUUGCAAGAUAAGAAAAUCAAAGCCAUUUGACCCCUGACACCUGGAAGAGGAGGCAGGGACUAGACCUGUCCUCUGGGAGGUCUGUGGGGACCACUCUAUCCUCAUGUCCAAGUGGAAUUCCACCUUUCUGGCCUGGGGCUGCUCAUCAGGGUCUUGGCUUCUCUACACCGUGGACCAUAUGCCCUUCUGUAUCACACAGCCAUGACUUGAGAGCCCUGGUCUCAUCUGGGACAAUCAGCCAGAGGGAGGACAAGGUGAGCCCUUCCUCCUGAGCAUGAGCAGAAGUCUGGCCUUGACUCAAAAGAGAGACCAGCGUCUUAGUUGCUUCUGAGCAGCUCACCAAGGCUCUUCUGCCUUGUAUUGUGGAGGGGCAGCAGGGACCUGGACCAAAAGAACCCGCUCCUCCACAUCCUCUUUUGUGUCUUGCAAAGGGAGACAUGGUGUCUGGGACUGGAGCUUCAAAACUUUGCCUGAACACAACCACUGAAAUGUCAGAAUACGGAGGGGUGGGUAGGGUGGGCAUCAGGGCUGUGGGCACAGCUGAGGAUCCUACUCGGAGAUUUCUGGGUCCCAUUCUUGCAGGCCACAGCCACAAAACCCUACAGGAAGGCAGAUGAACCAGAGUAGCUGAGGUACUGACUGGAUUUGUUCUUUAUACUGCUGGCACCCAAAGACUGGAAGAACCCAGUGGUAAUCUAAAACAUCACCUCUCACCUAGAGUGGCCCAUACCAACAGCAGGCAACCCACAUGAAUGGAUAAUCCAGGCUGCCUCUCCAGCCCCAACUUUGGGAAGCAGUAUUUAAAGCAUUUCCAAUGUCCUGUGAGUUUCAGCAGACCUAUUCACUUCAUUAUUAUUAUCGGCGGUUACAAUGAGUAUAUGGCUUAGAAGCAUGCUGCAGCAGGGGAAAACCGGCUAAAGCAUUCGUGUUUGCUCUGAAAAAUUCAAGAAAAGUUUUCUUAACACUGAGACACUUUAAAAUAGAACUAUGUUGACACCCAUCUGGGACUUAAGGUCAUUUCUCCUAUUUGUGCCACAGAUCCUUGAACUCACACUCAGAGUAUGAGUAAGUGUGCUGUAUGUUUUUAAAUUGUAACUUGGUCUACUUUGUUACUAUGGGAAAACCCAUCCUUCCAUGGCUGUGGUGCUUUGUUGACAAAAGACUGAUUUGACUAGCACUCUUAGAUUUUACUGGCACAAGGCAUAAGUGAUACCAUGAUAUUUAGGCAAUAGCCCAGCUUCAGCCUGAUUCUGAAAGAACAUCUUGCAAGAGAUUUAUAAGCCAAAUUUCCUCGGCCCCGUCUAACUCAUUCCAUUCUUCUCCCAUUGCAUGACAGGACAGGGAGGCAGGUGAGAGGUAUCAGGAAAGAAGAUUCAUUGGUUUACAACCUUCACCCAUUUAUCUGGAGAGUUUCUGAUCUUUUCUUCCAUGGUGGCCUUAUCUCAGCCUUUGAUAAUACAUGUAGGCAAUGACAAGCUCUCUGACACCCCAUCCCAUCCAUCAAGAUCCCAUUUGCUUGGGGAUAGAAAAAACAGGCAUUCCUCACCCUUUCCACCCACACUCUUGAUCCCAGGGACAACUAUAACUCAAGGUCUGGAGGUGUUUAUGCUUAAGAGAAGAAAUUGUAACUCAGUUCGAUGGGAAGAUGAGAAACAAAAGAAAGCCAUUAUGUGCUAUAUGUAAAUGAUUGGUUGUCCAAAGCCACUCUGUGCUGAAAAGCCCUGGAAGGACCUUGAUAAAUUUAUAAUCAUUAUGAGGCCUCUGUGUGGUUAUUCAGUUCUGUGCCUUCUUCAUUUAAGAAUUUAAAUUCAAGAGUGAAAGGUUGAUAAAGGAUGCAUAUUAACCACAUUUGUUUGGACUGAA